UCGUGCAAAACGGUUCACAAUCCACGUCCAGCAAACACGCUUUUGCUUUCACUGAGUGCGCUUCUAUCUCUGUGUGUGUUUGUGUGUGUGCAUUUGUAUUGGUGUGGGUGUCUGUGUUGGCCAAAAAGCCCGAGUAGAGAAAAAUCAAAUUACAGGCCAUUUGCUUUAGCACAGAAGCACCUUGUUUUUUGCUGGCCCCUGAAUUAAAUGCAAGUUUAUAAUUUGUAGUUGAUGCAUUUUGGGCGAGUGAAAGGACAGAAAGGAGUGAGUGUGUCUAGUGUCGCUUCUGUUGCCUUGAUUGCCUCACACACUCACGCACACAACAGGACAUAAACAUACAGGACAUACAGGACCACGUACCCACACGCUCGCACUGUCGCUGGUGAAAAAGUGAAAGUGAGACGCCCCAGCGACCCGGAAAUCGGACAGCUCUGAAAAUUUUCGCACUUGACGCACCACUUGGUUGGAAAAAAUCGAAAUGAUUUAAUAUUAAGCUUGAAAACGGAUAUUCAAAAUCCGUUUUAAAUAAAACUUUAUGUGUACAAAUGACAAAAAAAUACAAUAUAUAUGAACAAUAAUCUGUGGGAGAGGGACCAGAACCCGAAUUCACAUUGCAACAGUAAACCCAGAUGCCCGAGGCAUUGAUUCUACCCGGCAUGGCUGACGCAGAGCCGGACCUCUCGACUUUCGAGAACAAGACGGGCCUGGCGGAGGACAUGAAGUUCCUGGCGUCCAUGCCCGAGCUGUGUGAUGUAACCUUCCUGGUGGGCGAUACCCGCGAGCCUGUCUGUGCCGUCAAGGCCGUGCUGGCAUCUCGUUCUCGGGUUUUUGCCAAGAUGCUCUAUGCUGCCCCCUCGCCCCAGAGGAAACGAGAGACCUCCACCAAGGAGAACAAGCUGCGCCUCUUCCUCAAGCGCUCCUCGGAGCCGCUGCUCAACCUUCAGAAUGCCGCACAACAGAGAACCGGUUUCACCCAACAAUUAGCUCCGAUACCCGAGCCUUCAGGUCAGCAGCAUCAAACCUUGAUUAUUGAGGAGUUCGAGCCGGAUGUCUUCCGACAACUAAUUGAAUACAUUCACACGGGUUGUGUGACUCUUCAGCCUCGUACUUUAUUGGGUGUCAUGAAUGCUGCUGAUUACUAUGGCCUCGAGGAGCUACGUCGCGCCUGUGCUGGAUUCGUGCAAUGUUGCAUCAACGUGGACACUGUCUGCGCCCUUCUGGCCUCCGCCGAGCGAUAUAUCCAGUACAAGUGCACCAAGACCUUGGUGCAAAAGGUGCUGGAGUUCGUGGAUGAGCAUGGCAAUGAGGUCCUCAAUCUGGGUAGCUUUACUUUGCUGCCCCAGCACGUGGUCCGCUUGAUUCUGGCUAGGGAGGAGUUAAGGGCUGAUGAGUUCACCAAGUUCCAGGCAGCACUAAUGUGGAGCAAGAAAUACUACGAUAACAAUCCGAACAUUGACAUCAAGGAGAUCCUUGGAACCUUUGUGGAGUAUAUACAGUUCCAUAAGAUACCUGCCAACGUGCUGAUGCGAGAGAUACAUCCCUUGAAUCUGGUUCCAUACACAAUCAUCAUGAAUGCUCUGGCCUAUCAGGCAGACCCAGAAAGCAUCGACCCCGGAAAGCUCUCUCCAAACUCUAGCCGACCGCAUUCCCAGCACCAUCGCCACCGCCACCACCACCAGUCGCUGCCGAAGAUCCGGAAGGCCAAGUCUCAGUCCUUCCGCACCCGUCGCAGUCCAUCUGAGCGGCGAAGUCCUAACAAUGCUCCGAAUCUCACCUUCAACACUGCCCUGACAGCCGGAACUGGAGCCAAUGGGGAGAAAAAGCGGAGUCCGUUGACGCCGAAAAGUCCGGUUCUGCCGGCACCGGAGUCCAAGAGUCCUGGCAGCAGCUCCCAGAAGACGCCUACCUCCCUGUCGCGCCAAGGAACUCUCCGAGCCUCCAACAGACGAAAAAACAGUGGCCAGCUCUCCAUUUCUCUGGGUACGCAGGGUCGACGUAGCCCUGUCGGCCUCAACGAUCGAAGUCCUCAAGGUCGCCGGAGUCCUCUUUUUCCCGGCAGCGGCCUUAGGUCACCCAACGACCCCUUGGCCAGUCCUACAUUGAGAAGUCCUACGGGCGAGCCGCGUCGUAGCAGUCCUACGUUCAGUGUCCAUACGCAGGAAAGGCGUUCGCCCUUGGGGGCAGUGGCUCCCACAGACUUUGGUUGCCAGUUUGGAGCACCUGGCUCCAGAAGAAGUCCCACUUCAACGGUUCAUGUCCAAGAUAUGGGCACUGAGCCGGAAGAAUUUGGCUUUGGCGGCAUGAAGAGACCUUCCAUCAGCCUGUUUACACCCAUAUACUUUGCCAGUGAGAAGCGCUCACCCAUGGGUCCUAUCCCUCCCAUUACCGUCUCCAAUCCUGCCGAGACCUACAAGAGUGCAGAGAGAGAAAGAGAAGCCGCGGAGGCGGCUGCUCGAGAACUGGAGAAGGAAAAGGAACGGGAGGCAGCCGCUCAGCCGCAGCAGGAGAAGAAGAGCGUGAUGCGAGAGAUCCUAGCCUUUGUGAGGAAGCCAUCGAAGCACAUCAGCACCAGGACGAACCGCUUUGCCAAUGCCUUCACGAGAGCGGAAUCGGGAUCAUCCAGUGGCCCACUAAUCAGGCAGAGCACAUUCUCGGCUAGUCCGGCGGCCUCCUCCACCGCCGCCAAGAGUGCGGUGCAGAAGCAAAUGUCCGAGGUGGGAUUCGAGCCGAAGAUGUCCCUGAAGUUUGCCCACUACACCAAGAUGUCCUUGAAACUGAGGCGGUCGGCCAAGCGCGAGGAGGAGGAAAAGGAAAAGGAGAAGCAGAAGCAGGGAUCGGCAGCGGGAUCCAAGAGGCCCAGUGCAGAUCUGAGCCUGGGCCAUCCCGAGCAACAGGUAGGUGGAGCAAUUGCGGCUGAGGAAGAGUUGCCCUUCGAGCUGGCCAAUGUCCACUUUGAGAAGGUAGGUGAGUCCUAUAUCAAGCAUGAACGUCUCCGAGAACUGGAGGAGCCCUUCGAAGCGGAACCGCAACCCGACACCGAAGACAACAAAGAGUCGGAGGCAAAGAAAGAGGUGGAACCGGAUGCUGCCAUGGCCCAGUUCGUGGAAGAGGUUACCAACUCCCUGAAAGUGGUGGCCCUCAACGGGGAUGGUGGUGCCGUCGCAGUUCAUCACUUCACCAGGCGCUCCGAGAGCCGCGAACCCAUCGAGCCGAGGAUCAGCGAGGAACGGGAGUCGGACUCCAACGACCUGAUGAUACCCGACGAGAUACGGGCCGAGCUGGUAGAGAUCUUGAAAGCCUACCCGCCAGAACCAGUUUAUGUGAAUCUGCAGGCGCUGCGGCGGGAGACCGAAGAGCCGGACCCGGCCGCUGCCCAGGCUGAAAACGACUCGGCAGCUUUGUUGGCGGCCGAGGUGCCCGAGAAGAAGCCGCUGCAGUGUCCUACCAUCGAGUUUGAGCCACCGUCGCGGCGCUCCUCCUUCGAUCCACCGCGCUCCCCCUUCCUCGAGCAACUGCGUAGUCCCGGGGUGGACACCGAAACCGAUCUGAUCAAUCUCCAGCGCCUGGACUCCGGCGGCGACAGCUUCGAAAUGGUCGAGAGCAAGUGGAGCAAGUCGAGUCGCGGCGAGUCCAGCUUCGACUGCCCCUACUCCUCCCGGGACACCAGCUUCGAUGUCUCGAUUUCGAGAUAUCAGUCCACCAGCUACGAGGAUCAGACCUCCAGCUUCGAGAUCGUGGACACCGACGAGCGUACCCAGGGCAGGAGAGCAGUGGAUCUUCGCAAGAGCUCCAUAGAACUGGUGGAUGCGGAGACCUUCCAGCGGUCUGGCUCCUCUUGCGGCGGACGCAAGUCCUCUCUGGAGACCCAUUUUGAUUACACGCCCACUGAAGGCGGUGGGCGGUCGCCCAGCCUUCCGUUCCCGGCUAUGACAAAGAAACAGCGUACGGAGAACUUCCGCCAGCUGCACGUGUCUCCGUUCAGUGCCUUCUCCCGGGCACGUAGUCCCCUCUCCCAGCAGACCUCCUCCAACUACAGCUCGAGGGACAGCUACGACUCCAGCGGCUCCUAUCCGCACGGCUACGGUUAUCCGCCAGAGCCGCAAAAGAGUCCGUACGGCGAUCCCAGCCGCAAGCAUUUCCCACUGACUGUACGUCAAAAGGGCGACGAGGAGCGCGAGGUGCGCACCUUCCUCUGCACCGACCAGAGAUGCGCCUCCAUUUUCGAGCCUCGUCCCAGCUCAGUGCUCACCCAGCAACUGUCCACCGGCUCCAUGUCCACCCCGUCGGGGUAUACGAAUGGCACGCCGCGAGUUCCGGGUGCUGUGCCUGCUGGGCCGGUGCCCUUGCCCCACCCCGGGCCGCUCUCCUCGUGCGGUUUCUCGAGUGGGAGCGAAUUCGAGCCCCCGUCACCGAGGCGGGCGGCCAGUGCCUCGCCCAAGCACACCUUCACCUUCCGCAUUGUGAUGAAGAAGGUGGACAGCUCUCCGGAGGCCUUGUGUCCGGAGCGGCAUCGCUCGAGGAUAAUUGAUCGGUACAGGAGGCGCGAUAGCCGCAGGAAACGCAUCCAUGAUGCAGGAAAGAGUUUUUAGGAUAUCCAGGAAUAAAGGUUUUAGGUGAAAAUCAAAGUAUUUGACUCAAAUAUGCGAAAAGUUGAUUUUUUAAUGAUGAUGAUGAUUAAUUAAUAUUUGAAAAGAUCUUAAAAUGUAAAAAGUGCGUGUUUAAAAGCUUGUGAAUGUUUUUGCCUCUAAGUGUCACCUGGCUAGGCGCUUUUUAUAAGAAUCUUGCAAAACAUACUAUUGAGAACUUUGAAAUUAAUUAAAAACAGAAUCGAGUUAAAAUCAAAAGAGAAUCAAUACCGAAUGAUGUUUUGCAAAUACAGAGUAAAAUUUAAAUGUUAUAGAAAGUUAGGAAAACAAUAAUCAUCCCUCGCUGAUGCCAAUCAAGUUAAACCUCAAAAGCAUUCACGUUUAUUACUAAAUAUAUUUUUGACAAUCUCAAUGUUGAAUCUAUAUACAAAAAUGCUCUCAAAUCUUAGGAUUAAGAAUUACACCGAACUGGAGGCGUUCGGCAAUCAAACUUUAUAAAAUGGUUCUGGUUUUUAGGCCGUUUCAAAAGCUCUACCAAAGUGAAAGCGACUUCGGCCCACCGAAGACAGUCAGUCGAUCCAUCCCCGCCUUAUCGGGGGCCUGGUACUUAUGAUCUCUGCAGAUUUGUCAAGCAACCCUCGUUAGAUCCACGGAUACAAACUGAACGAUUGCCUAGGCAUCUAGCCAUUGUAUAAUUAUAGCAUAUACACAUCUUUUAAUAUAGGGAUAUUCGAUGUAUAUUCUAAAUCAUCUACAAAAAUAUGCGCAACAAUAAUUCCUCCCACGAUUUACCUGACUAAUAUAAAAAAAAAAUACAGAGAAAAGAUGAAAGUUUAUAUGUAUUUAAUGUGCAUAAGAGUUCACACUAUGAUGUUGUAAUUUGUAAUUUGUGUGAAAAAAUGUCGAAAACAAAAACAGAGAAGGUUUAUGAAGAUGUAAUGAAGUGUAAGCUAAGUAUUUGUGCAUUUUUACGUGGUUCCUGUUAUAUAGCUGUAGAUAUAUAUAUAUAUGCGCCUACCGGCGCGGGUAUUACAAAUUUUUGAUGACAUAAUGUAAUCCAUAUACAUAAUCUGAUUCUUAAGAACCUAAUGAAAUUGAAUUCUAAAUGUAACCGAACUGCGCUGCUAUUCACGCUAAAGGUCAGAGACGUUUUUUAGUUAAAUCCUAAGACUAAAAUUGUGCGCAUGCGCGUGUAAAUUAAAGCUGGACCUGGGGCCGUACUUAAAUCUUAAAAAAUCCAAAAACUGAAUCCAAAAAAAAAAAGCAUGAAGAAGAUGUGAAAAUUAUCGUAUUACCAGAAAUUAAUAUUUAAUGUUAAAGUUUGAGCAAGGUUUUUGUACUCUGUGUUUGUUAGUUAAACAAGACGGACGAACCCUUUAAAGACCGUAUUAAGUAUCAUAAUUUACAAAAUAUACACACUGUAUGUAAUAACUCCUUAGUGAUUAAGAUCGUUGGCUUUUUAGCGUAUUGAGUACUUCAGAUGAAGAAUGAUAUCAGCAUUUUACAGGUAAUUACGCAUCAUGAGCAUUUAAUUCCAACUAAAUGGUAACUAAUCGUUAAGUACGUUAGCCACAUUAACAAAAUUUGCCACAUCAACAGCCGACAACUCGGAUCUGAAUAUAGAUCAGUAUCUAGACCUGGAUCUGGAUAACCAUCGAUUCAGAUAUAUAGUAUACACUCGUAACUAAUCGGAAUGCCAGUAGAAAUGUUGCUAUUUUUGAUUUGUAGUUGCUUGUUUUGAAACUAACAAACUGAUAAAAUGAUAAAACGAAAAGUCGCUGGUAACAACUCGCUUGAUCAGUUAGAGAUUUUUGAUUUCCUCUGAAUGCUUGCGAGAGGUGAUCGCUAAUAUAAAAUUAUACCAGAUUCAUAGAUAUAACAUAUAUUCAGCGAUGCGAUCUUGGCCAAGCAGCCAACUACAAUUUCACGAAUGCCAACUUCUUCUAUUUGCAGAGCGAUUUUACAGUGUGCCAGCUGGAUCGGAGGUGGAUGUAGAUUCCCCCACAUAACCCCACUACGAUGUUAUGAUAGAUAUACCCCAUAACCAUAACCAUAACCAGAUAUGUAUUCAGGGAUUGUCGUUGUGGUGGCACUGUUAGACUAAGUCCAGUUCCAGUUUGAAUCGCGUUUAAUGUCUUACUUUGUUACCGAUCAGUCAUAUA